AUGAACCUUAGUAGUCAAAUGCAACGGGUCCCGAUAAAAAUACAAACUUUCGGUGGCGAAACACGAAUAUCGACACAGGCAUUCGUGAGAUCAGUGGAACCAAUCGAAAAACUUUUUACGAGUUGGGAUGGCUCUGCAGAGGGAUUCUUGAAUACUGGCCAGUCGUAA